ACCACAGGCCUUCUCCUCACCUUGUGGAACUGACAACACUGUCACCACAGGAUAGAGAUGAUCAGACAGCCCGGGACACAGAUCAAACUGACCAAUGUGUCCAUCGUCCGGAUGAAAAAGGGAGGCAAGAGGUUUGAAAUAGCGUGUUACCAGAACAAGGUGUCUGAAUUCCGAUCUGGCGUUGAAACAGACUUGUCGGAAGUACUGCAAAUUGAGCAAGUCUUCAACAAUGUCCCAAAAGGUCAAGUGGCAAAGAAGGAAGACUGGCAGAAGGCGUUCAAAACAGAGGAUAUCAAUAAAGUAAUCGAAGAGAUUCUUCGCAAAGGGGAUCUUCAGAUCAAUAAUCUUGAACGGACUCAAAACCUUCAAUCAUUAUCUAGGGAAAUCUGUACGCUCGUUUCGGAGAUGACUGUGGACCCAGAGACAUCCAGGAAACACACAGUUGGAAUGAUCGAAAAGUCCAUGUCGGAAGUUGGAUUCAACGUCAAAGCGGAUAAACCUGCCAAAGCUCAAGCGUUGGAAUUGAUCAAAAAGCUCAGCAGUGAAGAGAGUCCGUUACCUGUCAGGAGAGUCAGGAUGAGGAUCAGAAUUAGCAUGAACAGUAAGGACGGGAAAAGAUGUAGGGAGAAGAUUAUGCAGGACGUGGAGGAGGUGGAAGAGGAAGAUAUGGGGACAGAGUGGGAGGCGAUUGUCCAAAUCGAUCCUUCGGCAUUCAGGACAUUAACAGAUCUCGUCAAUACAGAAACUAAAGGCAAAGGCAGAGUAGAAUCCAUGGGUAGUGCUGGAGGCUAAAAAUGCUCCCUAUUCCGCGUCAGGUCAUAGCAUAGCGCUUCCAUGUCCAUUCUGUAGCCGUAUUGACACCAAUUCAAAACGAGAGAGAA